AUGACUAAGUUAGAGGGGAUGUUACAUACAUUAAAAAAGACGAAAUUUAACGAGAUAUCAAGUAUCAUCAGCUGCACGGUCCCAUAUCAGGUGUCAUCAACUGCACGGUCCCAUAUCAGGUGUCAUCAACUGCACGGUCCCACAUUUCCUGGUUUUUGGGUGCGCCUAGGUUUUAGGGUGGGUGCACCGAGGUUUACUCUAAAU